AUGUUGAGAUCUUCAGUUCGUUCAUCAUUCAGGUCGCUAAGGCCUUCAGCAAUUCAAGUUUACCAGCGGGCAUUUAGUGUAGGGAACGUUUCUAAGCAAGUAUGUUUGUGUUCGAACAUAUUGGGCGAGACAGUUAGGAUGCCUGUGUUGCAAAAGACAACCUUUCGUUAUGGGUCAACUUCAGUUCCGGUUCCACCAAUGGCUGAAUCGUUGACGGAGGGUUCGUUAAAGGAGUAUACAAAACAGGUUGGUGAAUAUGUUGCGCAGGAUGAAUUAUUGGCUACGAUUGAAACCGACAAGAUUGAUAUUGAGGUUAAUUCCCCUAUAUCUGGUACCAUAACCAAGUUGAAUUUCCAACCGGAGGAUACAGUUACAGUUGGUGAUGAGUUGGCGCAGAUUGAGGAAGGUGGAGAACCGGCAGCAGCAAGUGCAAGUAAGCCAGAGGUGGAGGAAGCUACAACAAAGAAGGAAGAAUCAGGAGCUCCAGCAGCCCCAGCAGCAGCAGCCCCUCCUAAAGUUUCUUCUGCAGAUGCAAAGAAGCCCACUCCAGCAGUAUCUGAGCCAGUUUCUGCCACAGCACCACAACAGGCAUUAGGGAACUUUUCACGUACGGAACGCAGGGUUAAAAUGAACCGUAUGAGAAUGAGAAUUGCAGAAAGGUUAAAGGAAUCUCAGAAUACCACUGCCUCUUUGACUACUUUCAAUGAAGUUGACAUGUCUGCAUUACUAGAAAUGAGAAAAUUGUACAAGGACGAGAUUAUCAAGAAUAAGGGUGUCAAGUUUGGCUUUAUGGGUCUCUUCUCAAAGGCCGUAGCUUUGGCUCAAAAAGACGUUCCUUCUGCUACCGGAGGCAUCGAGGGAGACCAAAUUGUUUACCGCGAUUACACAGAUAUAUCUAUUGCCGUUGCCACUCCUAAAGGUUUAGUUACACCAGUGGUCCGUAAUGUUGAGUCAUUAUCCGUUUUGGAAAUCGAGGAAGAAAUCGUCAGAUUAAGCAAGAAGGCACGUGACGGUAAAAUCACUUUGGAAGAUAUGGCAGGAGGCAACUUUACUAUCUCAAAUGGCGGUGUCUUCGGCUCCUUGUAUGGAACACCAAUUAUCAACACCCCUCAAACUGCAGUUUUAGGUCUACAUGGUGUGAAGGAAAGACCAGUGACUGUGAAUGGGAAUAUUGUUUCUAGACCAAUGAUGUAUUUGGCCCUAACUUAUGACCAUAGGUUAUUGGAUGGUAGGGAAGCCGUUACCUUCUUAAAGACGAUCAAGGAAUUGAUUGAGGAUCCUAGAAAAAUGUUGCUAAUGUAG